AUGGAUAAAACUGCACAUUAGUUUAAGGAGAAAUGCUCAAACUUUGAGGUAACUAGGAAAAUUCAAUUAUAAAAUGAAUAUUCUAUCUAAAAUAAANGUGUACAUGUAUAGGAAGAAUAUGAAUAUCCUAAACGAGGUGUCAAUUUUACAGGUAUAUCAAUUAAAAAUGAUGUUAAGUCGAAAAAUUGCCUAAAGAAUUGAGAAAUAGACCUAUCGAAAUGAGAGAAGACAAAAACAUAAAUUGUGUUGCGCAAUAUUACAGAAUAAGAGUCUCAUCAUUUAAUGUGCAAUAAUCACAUGGAGGAAUUGAAAAAUUUAUGACAUAUAUAUGCCCGACGAUUGUGUAUUUUAAAACAAUAUUUUAGAUGUAACAAUAAUGUGGAAAUGGUGUAUUACUAAAGACUAUCUACUCAUGCAAAAUGGAUUAGCCAAGUUUGCCACACUUAGUGA